AUGGCCACCGAAGUCACCCGCAAGAACAUGCCUUACGUUCGUCUCGGCAAGUCCGGGUUGAAGGUGUCCAAGAUCAUCUUGGGUUGCAUGUCGUACGGCACGCCCGACUGGCAGGGCUGGGUGCUUGAUGAGGAGGAGUCGCUCAAGCACAUCAAGUACGCGUACGACCACGGCAUCAACGCGUUCGACACCGCGAACGUGUACUCGAACGGUCGUAGCGAGGAGAUUCUGGGCAAGGCAAUCAAGCAGUUCAACAUGAACCGCGACGAGAUCGUCGUUCUGACCAAGGUCUACUUCACGGUUGCGCGCGAUAUGAAGCUCGGGACGUUCGCCAUGUCGCCCGCAGAGAUCGACGCGGCAGGCUACGUUAACCAGCGCGGCCUCUCGCGCAAACACAUUUUCGAGAGCGUGGACCACUCGUUGAAGCGCCUCGGCCUCGACUACAUCGAUGUACUUCAGUGCCAUCGCUUCGACUAUGACACCCCAAUCGAAGAAACCAUGCAGGCUCUGCACGACGUCGUACAGAGCGGCAAGGUGCGGUACAUCGGCAUGAGCAGCUGCUAUGCCUGGCAAUUCCACGCUAUGCAGAACUAUGCCAUCGCGAACAAGCUUACGCCGUUUAUCAGCAUGCAGAACCACUACAAUCUCGCGUACCGUGAGGAAGAGCGCGAGAUGCAGCCGACUCUCGACCACUUCGGAGUGGGCUGUAUCCCGUGGUCUCCGCUUGCCCGCGGCGUGCUUACGCGCCCGCUGUCGCAAAGCACGACACGCAAGGAGACCGAUCAGUUCCAGAAGGGAUACGAGGCGCCCGCCACAAACGCCGUAGUCAACCGCACUGAAGAGGUGGCGAAGAAGAUCGGCAUGAGCAUGGCGCAGGUCUCCCUCGCGUGGGUCAUGGCCAAGACGACGGCGCCCAUUGUCGGCACGACGAGCCUUAAGAACUUGGAAGAGCUCAUUGGCUCGGUGAACAUCAAGCUGAGCGACGAGGAUAUCAAGGCGCUUGAGGAGCCCUACCAGCCGCGUGGCGUCUUCGGUCACUGGUGA